AUGUUCGGGGGCGUCGUCGCGACGGUGAGAGGAGACGCGGAGGCGUUCGGGGGAUACGAUUUCUUCUCGAGAUAUUUCCGGCCUUGGGACGGGGUUCCCGAGGACUUCGUAACCGGUUCUUCUCACACGGUCCUGGCGCCGUAUUGGUCGGAGCAGCUGAAGGGGAAAAAGGAGAUGUACGCGUAUCAGUGCUCGAAGCGAGGCGGGGAACUGAGCCUCAGAGUUCGGGGAUCCCGAGUGGAAAUCGGGGGGAACUUCCACGUCGUCGUCAAGGGCGCCAUCCAUCUCUGA